AUGAUGCUUCCUUUUUUUUGCCUUGGCCUAAUUCUGCAGUUGUACGUCGGGUGCUUCAACGUGAAAAAAAAGAUAACGGUGACAUACCAGUGGGGAAGAGCAGCGAACAGGAAGGAAGUUAAGUCGAACGCAUUUCUAGUGAGGAGGCAACUCUUUAAAUUUAAAAAAUUUCGAGCCUAUUCAUCAGACCAUGGGGAGGGAGAGCCUUCCAUCGAUGCAGCAGAGAAGGGGGCGAAUAAUGGAGCAACUAAUGGGGCAACUAAUCGGGCAAAGAACACCCUGCGCGAGUUUUACCAUCGGAAUUGCAGCCGGUUGAGGAAGACACUCGAAUUAGUGAAAAGUGGUCUUACCUCCAUUCAGGAUAACUUAAUGUCAAAUUCGCUAGCUAGCCAGCUAGCCAUUUCUGUGUCGUUUUUUCUUCUCCACUUUUAUAUGCUCUCUCGCCACUUCCUCAUUUUAUUCCCCUACCAGUUAAUUCCAAACCAUUCCAACAUUUUGAUGAGCCUGGACUUGAACAAUACGCUCUUUUUCUUAAUGUCCAUUUUUUUUUUCAAACGUUUCAAGGCCCACUUUCACAGCUUCAAGCAGAGGCUGCAGUUGAACCGGUUCACCAUCAAGCUACAGGAGAAUAAGCGGAAAAACAUCCUCUCCGUCUGCUUCCUCUUGAUUGCGUCCUACGUUUUAUCGGGAUAUGUGUCCAUAUACACGGAGCGCAUCUUGACGCUCUGUAAACUGUUCAGUCGGCCCCUCUCCGAUAACGUGGUGAAGUCGCUACAGAUCCUGACCGGGCACUUCAUAUGGGUAGCGUGCAGCAUCGUCGUGUUUAAGCAGUUGCUUUACCCCUACUUCCUAAACAAUGAAAGCAAUUUGAAUUUGCGCCACAAGGACAGCUGGUUCUUUGAGGUAAUCUAUGGGUACGUCUUUUCCCACUUCGUAUUCAGCGUUGUGGAUUUGGCGAACAAUUUUAUAAUAAACCGUUUCAUGGGGGAGGCGGAGGAUGAAAUGUACGUGGACAACAGCAUAGACGACAUUGUUAGCGGAAGAGAGUUUGUUUCAACUCUGUUGUGCAUUAUUAGUCCCUGUUUUAGUGCGCCUUUUUUUGAGGAAUUUAUUUAUCGUUUUUUUGUGCUGAAGAGUUUGAAUUUGUUCAUGCAUAUACAUUACGCCGUUACGUUUUCUUCCCUUUUUUUCGCAAUUCACCAUUUGAACAUCUUUAACUUGCUUCCCUUGUUUUUCCUGUCCUUCUUAUGGUCCUACAUUUACAUAUACACGGACAACAUUCUCGUCACUAUGCUUAUUCACUCGUUCUGGAACAUUUACGUUUUUUUGUCCUCCCUCUACAGCUAG